AUGUACCUCCUACUGCAGCUCGUUUCCACGAUAGGCUCUGGUCUGUUUCUACUGUUACUCCCUUUUCGUCUAUCAAAGUUAUACACAGAGACAGUCAAGGUCAUUCCAGAUUAUCGUCGCUAUGUGAAAAUAGCAAUCGCUUUGGCACUGUUGAUGAUACAAUCGUGGAUGCUGGCUACCGCGCCAUUACCCACCUAUGGAGUCGACAUUAGAUUUCUGUCCAUAAUCACAUCCUUCAUCUCAUACCUAUUUUUAUGUCCAUUGCUGUUCCUGGAGCACACCCGGUCUGUCAAGCCAUCAGAUCUCGCGGUCGUCUACCUGAUCGCGUCCCUGGCGUGUGACGCUGCUCAGUUGGGAAAAACCAACAAACUGCCCCCGGAGCAGUUGGCUGGAGUUUUGAGCCGAGCGUUCUUCUGGUGGAUCAACUCAAUUCUAGCCAAAGGGAGCCACGAAAUCCUCACUGCGGACAGCCUUCCGCCGAUUGACCGCAAGCUUUCUUCAGAGCUACUACGGCGCCGGGCCCUGAGAGCUUGGGAUCGGAGACACAAGCCAGAGAAGAAGAUGACAUUGCCAAAGGUCUUGGCCAGAGGCCUACUCUCUCCUUUUCUUGCACCAAUCUUGCCGCGGCUCUCUUUAAUCGUUUUUCGCUAUGCUCAACCGGUACUUAUUAGUAUCACCAUUCGGCAUAUGAGCACGUCGUCAGAUGGAGAUUUUUAUUCAGCCUAUGCGAUAAUCUUAAUGUCUCUCGCCGUUUAUGUCGGUUUGACGAAAUCUGACGUCUAUGAUGAUGGACGAGCCGUGACUCUGAUUGGCACUGAUGCAGAGAGCGUGGGAGAUAGUGCAGAGAUGUUCCACGAAACAUGGGCACAGGCUGUCGAAGUCGUUCUGGGCAUACUGAUGUUGGCGUGGGAGGUUGGUUGGGUGUCUCCAGUACCGCUUGUGAUCAUUUUCUUUACUGAUAACCGUUGGAGUAUGCUCACAAAGCCUCUAAUCCACUCUUUGCGCUCUCAGGAGCUAUCUAGGUCCAAGGAGGUACGGUGGAUGGCGGUCGCUCAUAAUGCAAGUGCAAAUGCUCUUGGUAUCUUUUCUCCUAUUGUUACAUUUGUGCUCUUCGUCGUUCUGGCACAUUGGCGCGGGAUCGAGCUCGAUACCGAGACUGCAUUCACCACUACCGCCCUGCUUGGACUGGUGACGCACCCCGCAAAUAUGAUAAUGACAAUCAUUCCGCAAGCAGUAGGCUCACUAGCGGCUUUUGACAGAAUUGAGCAGUAUCUUCUUCAGCCGGCUAGAUGUGAUCAGCGAUCACUGUUGAAGAACGACGAAAACCAUCCCAACAAGACCUCACCUGCAGUUUGCAUCACAGGAGUUACCAUCCAUAAGAAUGACUCGUCUACAUUCCCGAUUCUUAGAGAUAUCAACCUCAGUAUUCCCAAAGGAUCAAUUGUUGUCUGCUCCGGACCCGUUGGAAGCGGUAAAACGACCCUUGCUAAAGCCAUCAUAGGCGAAGUCACUACAACGGCUGGAACAAUAUCCGUGUCUUCGAAGCGUAUAGCCUACUGCGAACAGGUACCUUGGUUGCCAAGUGGAACCCUUAAACAGGCUAUAUGUGGCUUCUCGCCUAAAGAUCAACAUUGGUAUGAAGAAGUCGUGCGGGUGUGCUGCUUAGAGGAUGACCUUGGUAUGCUGCCUCAUGGGGAUCACACUAUAAUUGGAAGUCGCGGUUUAAACCUUUCUGGUGGACAAAGACAGCGCGUAGCUCUCGCCCGUGCCGUAUAUGCCCGUUACGAGAUCGUUCUUUUGGAUGAUAGCCUGAGCGCUCUCGACAGCCAAACAGAAAGUCGCAUCGUAGACAACCUUCUAGGCCCAAAGGGUCUGUUCAGAAAGAUGGGAACAACGGUCUUUCUCAUCAGCAACUCUGCUACAUACGUUUCUUUGGCAGAUUGGACCGUCAUCCUCGGAGAUGCUUCUAUUGAAUACCAGGGAACAUGGGCUGAAUUGACAGGAAAGCCUGAGGACAUCAUAAAAUGGCAUGUUGCUGAGACUCAUAGAAAUAUUGCUGAGGAGAAUCGUUCCGUGAAUUGGGAUACACCGAAUCAGAGGCUGACGAUGGAUGAGGCAAUCUCCGACCUUAGCCGGGCAACAGGAGAUAUCUCACUUUACGGAUAUUAUCUUCAGGCAGUGGGCUGGCGCAACCUUUGUAUCCUUCUCGUUUGCACAUCGUCAUACUCAUUUUUCUCAACAUUUCCCCAGUACUGGCUACAAAAAUGGACCGAGGCGCCAGCUUCCCAGACAAUGUUUUAUGUCGGAGGCUAUCUCAUCUUAUCUCUUAUGGCGUGGACUUUCACAAAUGGUUCGAUGUGGUCAACGUACAUCUUGAUUGCACCCAAUUCAGGGGCUGAAUUGCACCGGCGCCUUUUGUUAACUAUCAUGAAAUUUAGUCAAGAUAUGCAAUUGAUCGACAGACGAUUGCCACCGGCCCUAUUGUCUAUGUCUAAUCUCGCAGUUAUAGCGACAUGUUUGAUUACUCUUGCUGUUUUGCAAAGGGGUGGGACUACGGCGGCACAGAUUGGAAUGGCGUUGAACAUUGUUCUAGUUACAAAUGGUACCCUCAUUAACCUGGUGAGAUCAUGGACAAGCCUGGAAAUAUCUCUAGGUGCCAUAUCCCGUUUGAAGAAUCUAGAAGCCGAUACACCCACAGAAGAAUUACCUUCGGAAAGCUAUAUACCCGUCAACACUUGGCCAUCAUCAGGAGUCCUUGAGGUUGAAAAUAUUACCGUGGAGUAUAAUUCGGGUGCAAUAGCUCUACAGGAUGUCAACAUGACAAUAUCCGCUGGCCAACAAGUCAUUGUUUGUGGUCGCACAGGCAGCGGAAAAAGCACUCUGUUUCUCGCCUUUUUACGCCUAUUAAACCUCAAUUCUGGCGUCAUCAAAAUCGAUGGGAUUGAUAUAAGUACUCUCCCGCAGUCAUUAAUAAGACAAAGAUGCUUCAUCACAGUUCCCCAAGAUCCUUUUCUGUUGCCUCAAGCCAGUCUGCGCUUUAAUCUCGAUCCAGCUGGUUUUCUCUCCGAUGAUAAUAUUGUUGCAGCUCUUGAAAAAACCCGCCUAUGGUCACAUUUUAAUUUGAGCGAUUCCACAACCAGCAGUUCAACUCCCCAAGCAUGCGAGAUCCUAGAUAGCCCAGUUAUCUCCUUGCCACAGAUGUCUACAGGUCAGGCGCAAAUGUUUGCACUGGCUCAAGCCAUUCUCAAACGCCAGGGCUUGAAUGGACUCUCGACUACAGAGAAUGCACAAUUUGGACAUCCGAAUUUGAUGCCGAUUAUACUUCUUGACGAGGCUACUUCUUCGCUUGACCCGGAAACAGAAGCUGUUAUGUAUCGCAUCAUACACGAAGAGUUUACGGAGAAAGGGCACACGAUUAUCGCCAUUACACAUCGACUAGGAGGCGUGAUUGAAGGCCUGCGGGUGGGGCGGGAUAUGAUUGUCUCGUUGGCCAAGGGAAGGGUCGAAAGAAUUACCGGAGUAGAGGUAGAGUUGUUUGCACAUCAAGAACAGCCGAGCAGCGGGUCUUACUUCAAGGCCGGAAUCUUAUAA